AUGGUGAAGUUUCUCAAGCCGGGCAAGGUUGUCGUCGUUCUCGCUGGCCGCUACGCCGGGAAGAAGGCGGUCAUUGUGAAGAAUGUGGACGACGGUAACUCCGCGCACCCGUACGGGCACGCGCUCGUGUGCGGUCUCUCCACGAUCCCGCGCAAGGUGACGAAGAAGAUGGAUGAAAAGAAGCAAGCCAAGCGCUCCAAGUGCAAGACUUUCAUCAAGAACAUCAACUACUCCCACCUCAUGCCGACCCGUUACACCCUCGACGUCAACUUCAAGGACGUCGUCACGUCCGACGUGUUGGACAACGCCACGAAGAAGGUUGCGGCUCAAAAGGAGGCGAAGAAGCUCCUCGAGGAGCGAUUCAAGACUGGCAAGUCUCGUUGGUUCUUCACGCGCCUCGCCUUCUAA